GAGGCGACCGUCAAAUCGCUCGUGGACCGCGCCGAGUUUUUCAAUCUCUACGCCUCCCCGCACCGCUCCUUCCUUUUUCCCAUUUUCUUUUUUUUUUGGGGAAAAAAAAAAACUCUAUAAAUAACAAAGCCUCGUCCUCAAACAUCUCUCCCAUUCCCCACCCCAUACUCUCCCAAAUUAGUUCGCGCACGCGGAGAGAUAAUUGAGAAGAGGGAGAGAGAGAGGGAGCUUAGACGAAGAAACAUGGCGCCGGCGAGGAAGGAGAAGGGAGGGGGAGGGGGAGGGGCGAGGGAGGUGCACUACAGGGGGGUGAGGAAGAGGCCGUGGGGGAGGUACGCGGCGGAGAUCCGGGACCCGGCGAAGAGGAGCAGGGUGUGGCUCGGCACCUUCGACACCGCCGAGGACGCCGCGCGCGCCUACGACGCCGCCGCGCUCGAGUUCCGCGGCCCCAAGGCCAAGACCAAUUUCCCCCUCCCCGCCCCCGCGAGCCCCACCACCAGCACCUCGACUCCGCCACCCCCCAUGGCCAUCCCCAUCCCCAUCCCCUCAUCCCAACCCUAGAUCUCGAUCUCUUCCGGAG